GAGAAACUUCAGCCCGGGCAGAGGGAGGAGAAGCCUGGGGGCGCAGAGUGCCCCACCCGCGCAUCCUGCCUUCCUUUGGCGCUUUGAAGAGCUGGGAGGAGAGUCCCUGGGUCCCGGCGAGGGGCGGGGGGCCACCGCCUGGUCCGCCCCUUCUCGCUGGACGCCCGAAGAUUGGGCAGUUUCCCGCACCGCUCCUGGGGGCGAUCCCGCCCCGCCCGGCCACACCCCGCCCUCGGACCGCGAGGGUAGAAGAGGGCGGCCGCUCAGUACCCGGGCCGGACGCGACGCCGAGCGGCAGCCCGGCUGACCUAGUCACUGGACAUUCACCUCCUCCGGGCCCUUUCAAUCCUCUCGAGAUCCUCCGCCCAACCCGGACCCCGCGUGCGACCCUGUUCCCCUGCUCCUCUGCUGUCGCCGCCCUGCAUCCUCUCCCAUCCUUCUCAGGACCUUUAACCCCUCCUGUCCAUCCUAUCCACCCGGCGAAAUCCUCUCUGGGCCCCUGACCUCCUUCCCCAGGUCCCCGAGCGACCUGGGUCAGGCCUCCUUCGGGCCCCCUGGUUGCCCUGGCUGAAGCGCGCCAUGCGGCCGCUGGCACUCGGACUCCGAUUCCUGACGCCGCUGCUUCUGCUCGCGCGGUCAGCACCUGCCUCUGAGCCCUCGGCGCAGGACGUGAGCCUGGGCGUGGACUGGCUGAGACUCUAUGGCUACUUACCACCACCAGAUCCUGCCCAGGCCCAGCUGCAGAGCCCUGAGAAGCUGCGUGAUGCCAUCAAAGUCAUGCAGAGGUUCGCUGGGCUGCCUGAGACAGGACACUUGGACAAAAGGACUUUAGAAACCAUGCGCAAGCCCCGUUGCUCCCUGCCUGACGUGCUGGGGCCUGCGGGGCUGGUUAGACGGCGCCGCCGCUAUGCUCUGAGUGGCAGUGUGUGGAGGAAGCGAAUCCUGACCUGGAGGGUACAGUCCUUCCCCCAGAGCUCCCUGCUGAACCCUCAGAUAGUGCGGACCCUCAUGAGCUAUGCCCUGACCGUCUGGGGUGUUGAGUCAGGCCUCACGUUCCAGGAGGUGAAUUCCCAGCACCAGGAGGCUGACAUCCUCAUCGACUUUGCCCGGGCCUACCACCAGGACAGUUACCCCUUCGACGGGCUGGGCGGCACCCUUGCCCAUGCCUUCUUCCCUGGGGAGCACCCAGUCUCCGGGGACACUCACUUUGAUGAUGAGGAGAUCUGGACUUUUGGGUCGCAAGAUGGUGAGGGUACUGACCUGUUUGCUGUAGCUGUUCACGAGUUUGGCCACGCCCUGGGUCUGGGCCAUUCCUCCGCACCCAACUCCAUUAUGAGGCCCUUCUACCAGGGCCCAGUGGGUGACCCUGACAAGUACCGCCUGUCCCAGGAUGACCGUGAUGGCCUGCAGCAGCUGUAUGGGAAAGUGCCUCAAACCCCAAAUGACCAGCCCACAAGGAAACCCCUGAUUCCUCCAAGGCCCUCCGUCCUGCCCCCUGACAGCCCCUCCGCACCUGUCCCUGAUCGAUGUGAGGGCAGUUUUGAUGCCAUUGCCAACAUCCGCGGUGAAACCUUCUUUUUCAAAGGCCCCUGGUUCUGGCGCCUCCAGCCCUCAGGACAGCUGGUGUCGCCCCGGCCUGCCCGGGUGCACCGCUUCUGGGAGGGGCUGCCCUCGCACGUGAGGGUCAUCCAGGCCGCCUAUGCUCGGCGCGGAGACGGCCGAAUCCUCCUUUUCAGCGGCCCGCAGUUCUGGGUGUUCCGGGAGCGGCAGCUAGAGGGCGCAGCGCGCCCGCUCGAGGAGUUAGGGCUGCCGCCGGGCGAGGAGGUGGACGCCGUGUUCUCGUGGCCAUUCAACGGGAAGACCUACCUGAUCCGGGGACAGCAGUACUGGCGGUACGACGAGGCGGCCGCGCGCCCGGACCCGGGCUACCCGCGCGACCUGAGCCUCUGGGAAGGGGCGCCUCCCGCCCCCGACGAUGUCACUGUCGGCAACACAGGUGACACCUACUUCUUCAAGGGCACCCACUACUGGCGCUUUCCCAAAGGCAGCGUCAAGACCGCGCCGGACUCCCCGCAGUCCAUGGGGCCCAAGUGGCUGGACUGCCCGGCCCCCGACUUUGGCCCUCGCACUCCUGAGCCCCCCAAACCGACCCCCAAGCCCGGAACCUGUGAUUGUCGGUGCGAGCUCAACCAGGCCUCCGAGAGGCCGCCCGCGCUGCUCCUGCUGUCCCUCCUGCCCCUGCUGGCGGGCGUCCUCUUCUGCUGAGGGCAGGGACGUCCUGAGCGGAACAGCGCCCUACACCGAGCAGGGCCGGAGUCUCUGCUGGACCUUGCGUGGGGCUGUGAGUCUGUCCCCUCCGCGUAGCUCCCUCCAGCACAGAACUGGACAGAUUCCCUGGGGAGGUCCGGCUGCCGCCUGGACUUUACCUCCAGUGCUCUCUGGGUGGCACCCGCCGCCAAUGGGCACCAGCGCGCGGUGACCUCCGUGCUCCGUGGGCACCUGCAAGAGCAGCCGCCUGCGACGGUGCAGACUCUACUCCUGAGCCUGGGGAAGGGGCGGGAUGCCGAGGCAAUGGGGGCGAGGAGGGGGCGAGAGGCAGAGCUAAGCGCGGGGACUGUACACUUACACCAUGACGUACUCUGUGGCCCCCCUUGCGGUCAUAGGGAGGGGACAGCUUGGCCGACAGCUUGGCCUCCAUCUCGGCCACACGCUGCCCCAGUAGGACUUUCCUUUCCCCAGAACAGCCUGGCUUUCUUGGAACUCAGUCCUUGGACUCUCUGUCCCCCACCACGCAGGCAGCAGUGUCUGGCCUCCCACACACAGCUGCCCAGUUUCCUUGAAUCUUCUCACCUGACCUGGUGCCACAUUGUCCCACUGCAAUCAUGAUGGGGGGCCCAGACCAAGCCUGGAGAUCUCCUUGCAGAUCCGUGCCUCACAUCCUGGAUGCCAUCAGUGGCCACAUGGAUGGUACUCCCCACCUCUGUCCCCAUUAACCUCCUUUCUAGUUGUCCUGACCCCAGGCCACACAGCCUGGACACCACCCUAACCCCAGGACUUCCCCCAUUCAAAUAGACACCCUCCUAUCCUGAACAUCCUCUCCUGGCCUGCAGGAGUGACUGGAGCUUCAUCUAGCACAAUUUGGCUCCAGGUGGCCCCUGCUGCUGGGAAGACAUGGACAGAUCCCUCUUUCAAUCCCCUCAAUACCUCCUCAGCACUCCUGGAGGCCCUAGUCCUAGGCUAAAGAGUAGAUGAAAUCCAGGAUUCCUCUUUCAUCCCAAUUCCCCAAAGACUCAAGACCUUCAUCAUUGUCUCUGGAACUAGGCUCCUGGAAUAGUCCAUAUCAGAAUCACCGGAUGGGAAUUUAGAUAUGUGGAUCCCAUUCCCUCACUCUGAAUCCUCAUUCUAGGAGUGAGGUCAGGCAUCUGUAUUUUAACAAGCUUGUGGGUGAUUGCACCCUGAUGGUCAAGGAGGCUAGCUCUCAUGGCAUGGCUAUGUCCCUUCCAAGUCCUCCCUCCCAGGGACCACUCUCUAUAUUGCCUAUAGAGCCAGGCUAGUUGACAGGUGUCCACUCCCCAUAGGUAGAGUCACUUAGUGGGUCACUUUGUGAUGGCAUUUAGCUUUAAUGGGAAAUUGUCCCCAGUUGUUCCUGACACCCGGACUAGCAUGAGGACAAGAACCAGCCAAGUAGGAGAGGGAAACAGGGAUCCACAUUCAGGAGGAGAAUAAAAAUAAUAAGGAGAGCUGGGCGCAGUGGUGCACGCCUGGAAUCACAGCAGCUUGGAAGGCUGAAGCAGGAGGAUCCCAAGUUCAAAGCCAGCCUCAGUGAUUUAGCAAGGCUCUAAGCAACUCAGGGAUACCCUGUCUCUAAAUAAAAUAUAAAAAGGACUGGGGAUGUGACUCAGUGGUUGAGUGCCCCUGGGUUUAAUCCUCAGUACCAAAAAAAAAAAGAGAGAGAGAGAGAGAGAAAGCCCUUCAUUUCUUCUGAGCACUGAUGGACCUGAGGUGCAGUUGGUGGCAGAAACUAGGCAGAUUUGAAUCAAUCACUGUUUUAUAGAAGAAGUUGGGAUCAAUGGUUGAUGGGAACAGGGCGUUAUUGAAGUAGGAAAUGUGGGAGGAGGAAGCUCAGAUGGAUGCCUGAAAGUUGGUUGAGGAGGAGCCAGAGGAAAGAAGGCCCCUGUGCAACUGAAAUGUUUUCAAGACUACAUGCAAACUUCUUCAGCUGCAAAUACUCAAGUCCACUACAUAAAAAAUGUCAUAUCAAAAUGAUUACUUGUAUUUUCAAAAUGGUACAGUCCUAUAACCAAAAUUAAAACCUUUCAUGCUUCAAAGGACACCAUAAAGAACUUAGAAAGACAACCCAUAGCAUAGAAGAGAAAUUCAUAUAUCUGAUAAGGGACUUAUAUCAAGAAAUAUAAAGAACCCAAUUAAAAAUGGGCAACGGAAACAUGAUGGCACAUACCUGUAAUCCCAGUGGCUCAAGAGGCUGAGGCAGGAAAUCACAAAUUCAAAGCCAGUCUCAGCAAUUUAGCGAGGCUCUAAGCAACUUAGCAAGACCCUGUCUCAAAAUAAUAAUUAAAAAAAGAAAAAUAGGGCUGUGGUUCAGUGGCAGAGCUCUUGCCACACUUGAGGCACUGGGUUCAAUUUUUAGCACCGCAUACAAAAAUAAGCAAAAUAAAAGCAGGCUGUCCAUCUACAACUACCAAAAAAAAAAAAAAAAAACUAUGGAUGUGCCUCAGUGGUUAAAUACCCCUGGGUACAAAAAAAAAGUGGGGAGGGCAAAGGAACCAGGAGCCAGGAGCAGUGGUACAUGUCUGUAAUCCCAGCAAUUGGGGAAUCUGAGGCAGGAAGAUCACAAGUUCCAGGCCAGCCAACUUAGUGAGACUCUGUCUCAAAAAUAAAAAGGGCUGGGGGAUUUAGUUCAGUGGUAGAGCACCCCUGGGUUUACUCCUCAUAGAAUGGAAUGUCAUUCAGCAGUAAAAAUGAGUGAAGCAUUGAUUCAGGCUACAAUAUAGAAAAGACCUUGAAAAUCUGAUGCUUGGUUAAAGCAGCCAGACACAAAAGGCUACAUAUUGUAUGAUUCUAUGCAUAUGAAUGUCUAGAACAGGCAAAUCUAUAGACAGAAAAUAAAUAAUUGAUUGAUAGAGAUAUUGGGGGAUGGGGAGAUAGCUAUUUGGAAGUGAUGGUUCAGGGGACAGAUUUCUUUCUUUUUUCCUUUUUGUGGUACGAGGGGUGAAACCCAGGGUCUCAUGAAUGCUAGGCAAGUGCUGUAUCACUGAGCUACACCUCUAGUGGAAAACAAAUUUUUUUUUGUACCUGGGGUUUAACACAGGGGCGCUAGAGCACUGAGCCACUUCCCCAGCCCUUUUUAUUUUUUAUUUUGAGACAGGGCUUUGCUAAAUUGCUGAGGCUGGCUUUGAACUUGCAAUCUUCCUGCCUCAGCCUCUGGAGUCCUUGGGAUUACAGGUGUGUGCCACAGCGCCUGGCAGAAUUUCUUUCUUCUUCUUCUUCUUUUUUUUUUUUCCUUGUACCAGGGAUUGAACUCAGGGGCACUAGACCACUGAGCCACAUUUCCAGCCCUAUUUUUUUUUUUUAAUUUAGAGACAGGGUCUCACUGAGUUGCUUAGUGCUUUGCCAUUGCUGAGGCUGACUUUGAACUUGCUAUCCUCCUGCCUCAGCCUCUCACACAGGCAUGCACCACCAUACCCAGCCAGAAUUUCUUUUUAAGAUAAUAGAAAUAUUCUAAAAUACAUUGUAAUGAUUUCCCAGUUCUGUGUAUUGACUUGUAUAUUUUAAUGGAUUAACUGUAUUGCAUGUGAAUUCUAUCUCAAUAAAGUUUUAAAAACAGA